UGUCCCUCCUGAAAUCCCAACACGUAUCACUUUCCUUGCAGCUGCACCGCCACGUGUCACUUCCAGCCUACUCACACCGCCACACUCUACCCUUUUAAAGACUGAAUCUGUAGCACACACCAAACAAGAGCCAAAACUCAGAGAAAACAUGCAGAAGGAGAGAAGUGGUAGUAGAGAUGAAGAAGAACAUGAACCUCCAUUGAUGGCCUUGAACCAUGUGUCAAGAGUGUGCAGAUCAGUGAAGGAUUCGGUGGAGUUUUACACCAAAGUGCUGGGGUUUGUGUUGACCGAGAGGCCGCCGUCGUUUGACUUUGAUGGGGCUUGGCUGUUUAACUAUGGAGUGGGUAUUCAUUUGGUGCAGUCUAAGGAUGAACACAAGUUGCCUCUUUCGGAUCAGCAUUUGGAUCCUAUGGAUAAUCACAUCUCCUUUCAGUGCGAGGACAUGGAAGCAAUGGAGCAAAAGCUGAAGGAAAUGGAUAUAGAGUACAUGAAAAGAACAGUGGGAGACGAAGAAGGCGCAGCUAUUGAUCAGCUCUUCUUCAAAGAUCCUGAUGGAUUCAUGAUCGAGAUUUGCAACUGCGAGAAUCUCAAGCUUGUUCCUGCUGAGUCGUUCCGCAGAAUAAAGCUCCCCUUCGAUCGACACACUCCGCCUGUGGAUUUGAACAACAGAGACAAUUCCAAUGCUGAAGGCUCCUGAUUGGUAUGAUCAUACAUGGUUCGAGGCCUGGCGAUCGGACUGAAGUUGCAAUUUUGAGAACAUUUUGUGUACUGUCAAUAGCGGUGAUCAUUGAUGAUGAUUGGCAAUUGAUCUCUGAAGCAGCUUCUUUGUUUUUAUCAAAUCUUCUUAAGAAUAGUUCAGUCUUAUUUUUAGCAUAAUCAGUCUUUUGAUGCUGAGAUUUUUCAGUUUUUCGCAAGGGAUUAUCAACUAAUUCAGAAUACAGCAUCCAAAAUCA